AUAUUUUUGCAUACUAGAAAUGAGUUGGUACCAUUGACUCUGUCACCUGUCAUAUUGUCGUCGAAACUUUUGCAAUUUUUUCUAAAUUUCAUUAAAAAGUCCAUAAAAUGUCAGCUUUACCAGCACCAGUUCGUGUUUCACCGGUGAUCAAGUUCUUUAGAUGGAGCUUACUGGGGGCCGGAGUUUUAUAUGGCGGUUUUCAUCAAUCCAGAUUAACUAAGAAAGAGAACGCUUUAAGGGAAAUUGAGGCCAAACAGAAGGUUAUCCGUGAUGAAAAACUUGCGAUAGAGAGGAAAGAAAGAGCUGAGAAGGAAAUUAAAGAAUUGGAAGCUCUUAUGGCACCUGCGAAAUAAUUAAUUAAAAAUUUUCGGUAAAUAAUUCGAUGUAUUUAGUGUUAUAGAAAAUAAAACUUAAAAAAA